GUGGCGCGCCAGCAGCAGCGCCCGUGGGUGGCGCUCGCCUCCAUCCCCGUCGUGUACCGCGCCAGGGACGCGCGGGCCAGGGGGCUCGCCCCCGGCGCCGCCGACCUCCUCCUCGAGCUCCAGGACCCACCGCGCGCCUCCUACCUCGCGCUGCCGGAGCGCCUCGUCCCCGACCCCAGGCGCUUCGUUCUCGCCAACAACUUCCCCUACAUCAUCACCGCCGCGCCCCGCCGCCUCCUCUUCAUGGCCUCCAACCUGGCCCAGGGCAGGGACGUCCUCAACGCCAACUACUUCCUCUGCGACGUCCGCGCCGGCACCGCCUACCGCCUCCCCGCUGAGCCCGCCAACCUACCCAUCAAGCUCUUCCCGCGCCGCACCCUGGGCCUCGUCGCUGACCCGAGCUCCCCCGGCGACUACCUGAUCGCCCAGCUCCACCCCGCCGCGGGGUCGUCCAUGAGGCGCCACGACGCCCUCCUCUGCUUCUCCACCGCCACCGACCAGUGGUCCGUCAAGCAGCUCGCCUCCGCCCCCGACCACGAGCCCUGGGGCGCGCACGGCGUCUUCCCCCAUGACGGCUUCCUCUGGUGGGUCGACGUCGCCUACGGCAUGCUCUUCUGCGACCCCUUCGACGACCACCCGCGCCUGCGCCUCGUGCCGCUCCCGCGCGGCUGCGAGAUGCACGGCCUCACCAACCGCGUCCGCAUCCACUUCUCCAAGCUCUUGGACCGGUGCCGCUGCGUCAGGCUCAGCGAGGGCAAGUUGCGCUACGUCCAGAUCUCGGGCCUCUCCUACGACCGCGCCGCCGUCAACGACCCACCAGACAACCCCGCCGUCUCGAUGUGGACGCUGACGGCGCUCGCCGACCCGGAGGCCGCGGAUCCCUGGACGUUCGAGUACGAGGUGCCCUUCGCCCACAUCUGGGCCCACCACAAGUACAUCGCCGCCGGCCUGCCGCGGGGCAAGCUGCCCAACCUCGCGCUCGUCGACCCCAACAACCACCACGUCGUCUACUUCUUCCAGGAGACGUCGCUCUUCGCCUGGGAUGCGCGCGCGAAGGACCUCGUGUCCUGCACGGAAUGCUUGGUAGACCGUGACUUCCAGGAUCUCGAGUUCCAGAACUCCCGCUUCGUCGAUGCCUGGGAGUGGGAGCUGCCACCCACGGUUUGCAGCGACGAUCCUGCUUCAUCAGAUGGUGGGAGUGGAACGAAAGGGCCUGGUGAUGAGGAAGAAUUGGACGUGGUUGCAGGAUCCGAUGAGGAAUUGGCAUCUUUGCUAAGCCAGAUGGAGAUCAAGAGCCAGCCGACAGGGAGUAUUCGUUAAGUGACCUGCUGAUCACGAUCGCGAGGACAUGGCACCACCAUCUGAACCAUCUCUUGAGGCUGAGGCGACUGACCAAGCUGAUGAACCAUAGAUGCAUAGCUUCCAUAGGUGAGAGGCAACUUCUUCAUCUCGACAUGCGGAGGGCUUUCAGAUCUUGUGUGGUUAGGCAUUUCAGAUGUGUAGAGCCUGCAGCUUUCCUUUAGGGACAUCUCGUCUGAGUUGAAUAGUGCUAUGAACAAGUUUGUGUAGUUCCAGUUCUGCUUCUCCCGUUCUGCAUGCUGUUUUGUCUGAGAGAACAUUU